AGAACACUAAUAGCUAAUACCCUAGGCGGGUACAGAAAAUUUAUAAUUCUAGUUCUACUCAUUGACUCAUUGCAUAAAUAUAUAUUAGUUUGGGAUUUUGUGAUUAAAGCUAUUGCAAAUAGAAAUGGCCUAUUUUAGUGAAAUUUGUAGAAUUUGUUUAUGCGAUAAUGUACGCAUGUAUGUACUAAAGAAGACUGGUCUCGAAAAUUUGUACAAAAUGUUGACGAAUAGUUUUAUGGUAGAGGAUGAGGAGCCCAUACUUGUCUGUUUCAUCUGUCAUGCAAGACUCAUUCGUUGUAGAACAUUACAACAACAGGCUAUUGAGUCAAAUGCAGUUCUGGAGCAGUUGCUUGCUGGAGGGUCCAUGUCAAUACCAAAACCGCACGAGGCUAAAGAUAAGAUUCAAUUCACACCAAUUAGUCAUAUAGAUAUCAUGCCAUUCGAGUGUGAUGUAGAAAAUGAUUGUAAGGACGAUAUGUUUAGCCUUGCAUCUGUUAAAGUUGAGGUAGAUAAUUUCGAAUAUGAGAAUUCCAAAUUUGAAGUAAAUUGGAAUCAUGAAACAGAAACUUCUGAGAAGAAGAUUAAAUCAAAUUCUACUGAUUGUAACAUAAACGAUGUUCGUGAAGAAAACCUCGAUUUUGAAGGCCCUACUAUUAAAUCAAACCCUAAAAUGAAAAAAUAUAAUCAACCAAUUAAUAAAAAAGGAAAGCAUCCUGCAAAAAUAAUGAAAAAGAAAAUUUUAAAACAAAAGAGUGUAAAUAUACUUAAGAAUGAAACAUCUGGGACAUCAACAAAAGACAUUCUCGCCCAUCAUAUUUCAUACAGUCAUAAGACGCAAAAGAACUCAGACACCACUGCUGUUCGGACACAAGUUGAACAAACUGCAGUACCACAACAAACAGAAAUAUUUAAUUGUGAUAUGUGCGAAUUUAAAACAUCUCAAAAACGUUAUAUUUUGGCACAUCUUAAAGCGCACGUCGCUAAACAAAUGUACUGUUGUAAUAAUUGUGAAUAUAAAUGUAUUAAAAAAAGUGAUUUGCAAACUCAUAUAAAAGUACAUACUGGAGAAAAACCUUUUUCGUGUAAUAUCUGUGAAUAUAGAUGUAUUAGAAAAAGUGAUUUGCAAACUCAUAUGAAAAUACAUACUGGAGAAAAAUCUUUUUCGUGUAAUAUCUGUGAAUAUAGAUGUAUUAGAAAUAGAGAUUUGCAAACACAUAUGAAAAUACAUACUGGAGAAAAACCUUUUUCGUGUAAUAUCUGUGAACAUAGAUUUAUUAGAAAAUGUGAUUUGGAAACCCAUAUAAAAAUACACACCGGUGAAAAACCUUUUUCGUGUAAUAUCUGUGAAUAUAGAUGUAUUACAAAAAGUAGUUUGCAAAAACAUAUCAAAAUACAUACCGGUGAAAAACCUUUGUCGUGUCAUAUUUGUGAAUUUAGAUGUACUACAAAAAGUAAUUUCCAAAGACAUAUGAGAAUACACACCGGUGAAAAACCUGUGUCGUGUCAUAUCUGUGAAUAUAGAUCUACCACAAAAAGUAAUUUGGAAAGACAUAUGAAAAUACACACCGGUGAAAAACCUUUUUCUUGUAAUAUCUGUGAAUAUAGAUGUAUUACAAAAAGUAAUUUGCAAAAACAUAUGAAAAUACAUACCGGUGAAAAACUUUUUUCAUGUAAUAUCUGUGAAUAUAGAUGUAUUACAAAAAGUAGUUUGCAAAAACAUAUCAAAAUACAUACCGGUGAAAAACCUUUGUCGUGUCAUAUUUGUGAAUUUAGAUGUACUACAAAAAGUAAUUUCCAAAGACAUAUGAGAAUACACACCGGUGAAAAACCUGUGUCGUGUCAUAUCUGUGAAUAUAGAUCUACCACAAAAAGUAAUUUGGAAAGACAUAUUAAAAUACACACCGGUGAAAAACCUUUUUCUUGUAAUAUCUGUGAAUACAGAUGUAUUACAAAAGCUAAUUUGCAAAUACAUUUAAAAACACACACUGGAGCAAAACCUUUUUCGUGAGCUAUCUGGUAAAAUAUGUACAAUAUUGUGUAAACUUGUUUUAUAUAAAUAUGUGUGUACUAGA